GUUUUCACAGCGGCUCGAGCUCCAAUCAGCCAAUCAGAAGUGAUUACUGGAGCUGGCAUGUUUAACUAACUUCUCUUUGAGGCGACCUGAAACAACAACAUGGGGAAGGUGAACUUUUAUGUGCUUUGGUCUCUAGGUGAUGCUCCUCGACAGUUCAUCAGCAAAUCCAACCGAAGACGCUUUCAAGUCCACAUCCCUCUGCCUCUUCCCAAUCACCUGGUCAUCUUUGGUAUGGGUGAAUGGAAAAGCAGCGAGACAACAAUCUCAGUAGAUGUUCUGGUCAGUGCAGAAGUACCGGCCCAGAAAAUUGGGACUCUGUCAGCUCAAGCAAGGUGCCUGACCUGGGAGGGUGACUGGAGCCCUGACAUGGUCACAGUGGCAGCAGAGAGAGGCAGGAGAGGAGUUUAUGGCAAGAUUGUGCUCACAGUGUGUGGAGAGACUUGUGACCAGCCACAGGAGGAUAAAUCCAGUGUCUUCAGCAGCACUCCUCUGGUUCAGAGGAAAUAUCUGUUCCCAGAUCAGCCCAAUGCCAUUGAUCUGUCUUGCACAUUACAGCAAAGCGCUGCAAAUGAAAUGAUAACUCCCAACUCCUCACACCUGGGUGAUAGCGUUUGCUUUGCUGAUAUUCAAGUGAAUAAAAUUGACACCAGUGAUUCCACUAUGGGAAAUAAUAAACCCCCGGUUUGGCCUACGGAUAAGACACCCAGACGGACAGUUAUUAGUAAGAGAGGCCGCCUGACAUGGAGCUCUGAGGACAUGGACAGUCUCACACAGGACAUAAACCAGGCUUCAACCCCCAAGAAAAUGAGGCUGUCCAGGUUGAACAGCAGAGAGGAGAUGACGGUGCAGAUAAAGAAUGCGAACAGAGAAGUUUCAGUGUCUCCGUCGAAGCGCUGGAGCCAUACGAUGUGUCUGAGUGACCCUGACACAGCCGUCCUCAUCGGAGGGGAGAUGGCAGAUCAUAACUACUGCAAGGACUCGCUGUGGAAGCUUGAGUUAGACAAUGACUUCUGGUUCCCCAUGAACUCCUCUGCCUCUGGACCUGUACCACCUUGUGCCCGAGGACACUCUGCGACCUUUGACCCAGACUCUAAGUCGGUCUUUGUUUACGGUGGCCUGAGGGAGGGUCAGCGCUACAGCGAGCUGUACAUCCUCAAUACACUGACCUGGAAGUGGAAGCUUGUCACUGCAAAAGGGAAUAUCCCAAAUUUGGCAUAUCAUUCUGCAGUCUUUUAUAAGAAAGAGCUUUUUGUCUUCGGUGGAGUUCAGCCGAGCCAUUCUUCUGAGGAUAAAUCCUGCAGUAAUGCUCUGUACAUCUUCAACCCGGAGUUUGAACUCUGGUACCAGCCGAUCGUGGAGGGGGACAGACCUCUGCCUCGGUUUGGACACUCAGCCACACUGAUGUCACAGAAGUUGAUAAUAUUUGGUGGACGGAAGACUGCUACCUACCUUAAUGAUCUCCAUGUUUUAGAUCUGGGAUUCAUGGAGUACACAGCUGUGAAGUGUGGGAACAUGCCACCGCUGCCUCGAGGGUUUCAUGCAGCUCUACCAGUUUCAGACAACAGGAUUUUAGUCAGUGGAGGUUGCAGUGCAAUUGGAGCCCUGCAGGAUGUGCACAUUUUCAACACUGACACCAACAUUUGGAGCUCAGUGGCGUCUCCUCUGCUUUGCUCGAAGCCUCGUGCAGGACACAGCAUGAUAAACUUGGGCUGCUGCAUCCUGACAGAUGCAGAGAAGCAUGAACAGGGUGAAAAUGUCAGUGUCCACUGCACAUUGCUGGUGUUCGGUGGCUCCGACUGCUCCGGUACCUUCUACAACGACACAGUGAAGUUCACAGUGGAGAUUCCUGGUGACAAGUGAUGGGAAGUAAUCCAUUCAGGACAAUUUUUUAUUUUUUUUUUAAUCAUUAUUAAACAGUGGAUGAUGCUGUGAUCUGUCUGACAGAAAAA